AUCAGUUUCCUCACACGGAAAUGCUGUCAGCAGGAAGCAGCAAAGUCUGAGUGGCUGCGAGCUCACAGACCAACAAGGCUCUGCAAAGUAUGCCAAAUCUAUGGAGUCCCCUGCCAGAGCUGGAGGUUUUUGAGUCAUCCAAGGAUUUGGGCUGGGAUUCAUACCGGGAACACCUGCUGAGGACUUGGCCAUGGCAAACCCUGAACCUGCCGCUGUUUGUGACAUUCAAGUUACUGCAAAUUCUCGAACCGCAGAGGUGGUUGGAUUCAGUUGAAUCAAGCAUGCCUGCACACAAGACAAGAGCCUACAAUCUCCUAAAGCCUUCCUCUUACCCAGGCCACUAACCAUGACCAGCCAAGAUCUCCACAGCCAACUGAAAGGCACUGAAAGCAAACGCUACAGUGAGAUUUUCCGGAGUCUAGAUGCCCUAGAAAUUUCAAUUGGAAAUGCGGCAGUUGAUUUGCUCAAUGAUGACGCUAAUGACAACGGCAUUGGAGUCUCAGAUUCAGAGCCUGAAAAACUACAGAUAUAUGAAAAUUUCAGCAAGUGUGAUAUUGAUGUGGAGGCAGGAGAUCCAGCAAACAUGUCAGUUGAAGAGGCUGAUGAGAUGUUGAUCAAGUGUGAUGGCGGUGUCGAAGCAGCCCUGGAAUAUGCCAAGAUGUGGUGUAAAUAUGUCAAGGAGCUGUUGAUCUGGGUAGACAAACGCCUUACUUAUGAAGUGGAGGUUGCCAAGAACAUCCUGAAAAUUACAGAAGCUAGCAAAAGUUUCCUUUUCUCACAGAACUACAUGCCCCUCCAGACUCUGUACACCAAAGUCAUGGAGCAUCACAUAAAUGUGGGGAACCUAGCUUCUAAGACAGCCGGCGUUUUGCAUCGGAAACAAUACUACGAGCCACUUUGGGCCAAGAAGAAUGAAAUUGAGAAAUGGAGGAAGGAAUUCAAGGAUCAGUGGCAGAAAGAACAAAAAAGAAUGAAUGAUUCUUUGUCUUCCAUGCGGAAGUCCCGCCUCCAUUACCUCCAGCGCUGUGAGGACUUAGAGAAAGCCAAAGUGUUAAGUGCCAAGGCAGAAGAAGAGUUCCAGGCUGCAGCAGGCAGCGGCAACAAGCAACUGGAGAAACGGCGGCGUUAUCGAGAGGAAGCCCAGUUAAAGGUUCAGGAAUCUGAAAUCACCUAUAAAGGCUGCGUCUGUGAUGCCAACACCCGCCGACAGGGACUGGAGAAAGUCAGGGAGAGAAUUGUCUCCCACAUCCGUAAACUGGUGUAUCAAGGAGAUGAGGUGCUGACACGGGUCACCUUGAGGAUGCUUAAACUGCAACAUGAACAAGCAGAGCAAAUCCCUAUAGAAUAUCAGAAUCUGAUUGAAUUCUGCACGCCUUACAAGUCUGGCGAGAAAUACCUGGAGUUCAUUCAGAAUCUGCAGAAAAGAGAGCUUCCAAUGGAGGUGUACAAGUUUGAUGAAUUUGUACCUUCAGGACAAAGGUCACCCUCCUAUCCUAGAAGAAAGAAUGCUGCACUUUAUACCCGCAUUCCAGCAUCUGCUGCUGACCUCAGCAGCUCUUCAGAAGAAGUCCCUGGAAAACAGUCUUCCUCAAGCAGUGAGCAAAUUGUCAGCAAAUCCUUCUACAGUGACACCGAGAGCCUGGGAGGGAGUAUUGAGUGCCAGUCCUUGGAUUCACUCACCUCCAGCCCAGGCCACAAGAAGUUGCUGAAAGCUCCGUCCACUGGAACGGUAUCCUCAGAGGAGUGUGAAGACAAAGAUUUGAUAUCAGCCUAUGAUAACGAUCUCAAUGAUGCAUCUGAAAAUGACUUGUUCCUUGGCCAGUUUAAGGACAUAAUCCUGUCAAGUGCUGCUCGGACCCACCGUCUACGGAAGCUGCGACACCGUUCAAAAUGCAGAGAAUGUGAGACCUUUGUGGAUAAUGGCCUUGAAUGUGAAGAGUGCUUGAUGACCUGUCACAAGAAAUGCCUGGAGAGUCUUCUCAUCAAUUGUGGUCACCAGAAGCUGCCAGCUCGAGUGUCACUUUUUGGGAUUGACUUUCUUCAAGUACCACGGGAUUUCCCAGAAGAGGUGCCAUUCAUUGUGGUGAAGUGUACCUCGGAGAUAGAAAGUCGUGCCCUGGGAGUGCAGGGAAUUUACCGCAUCAGUGGGGCCAAAGUCCGCAUGGAGAGGCUGUGCCAGGCCUUUGAGAAUGGCCGGAGACUGGUGGAGCUCUCCAAUCAUUCCCCUCAUGACAUCACUGGAAUCCUCAAACAUUUCCUCAAGGAGCUUACCAGCCCAGUGCUUCCAUACAAGCUGUAUGAUGAGUUUAUGGCCCUCUCAAGGAGUUUGCAGAGAACUGAAGACAGAAAAGGAGAUGGGUCUGAGACAUGGGCAGAUUCCAUCAAGACCGCAAAGGACUUACUGAGCAAAUUGCCAGCAACGAAUUAUAACACUUUACGGCACCUUAUUGCUCACCUGUACAGGGUGGCUGAAAGGUACAAGGAGAACAAAAUGUCACCCAGCAACCUGGGGAUCAUCUUCGGCCCUACACUAAUUCGCCCUCCCGCUAGCAGUUAUGUUUCCAUGUCAUGCCUUGUGGAGUCAGGCUACCAGUCCCAAAUGGUUGAGUUUCUCAUCCUCAACUAUGAACGGAUCUUUGGGAUAGACGACCUGCCUUCGGCUGGGCUUUGUGAACGUGACAACUCUUUGAAAGAAACAAAUACCAAUGAAAUACUUUCAAACAGUGAAAAAGAUGUCAAGAAACUCCUUCCUAAUCUUGAUCUUGAUCUUGAGCUUGAUGAAGAUGAUGAUGACAAUGAUGAUGAUGGUGGUGUUGUUGCUGAAGUCUUUUCUUCCACUGAAGCCACAGAGAAGCACAAUAUGGAGCAAACACCCUGCACUGUAACAAGAGACACCGUAGAGCUGAACAGCAGGAACUGUGCCAAACAGAAGGACUCUCUGCUUGACCCAGAUACCAUGCUCAGCCCACAUCCCAGAGGACGCUUCAGCCGAAUGCCAGUGAAACAUGCUCGCACCAUGAUCCCCAGAGUUUCUACCCUACCCUUGCUGGUCACUGCCCUGUCUAACUCUGAGGCAGUAAGUGGUCUUCUGGAGCCAGGAACAAGCAGCCGCAGUUCAUCACCAGACACCCGUGGGAAAUGCAAGCACUUUGAGAUCACUCCAGAGACUGCUAGGAUUGUCUCCAAGCUCCAUCCUGUUAAUGAUAAUCAAGAUGGCUGUCCAAAUGAGCUGGAGACACUGUUGCAAGGAAACUCUCUGGAUGCUCCAGAAGGUAGCAACACAGAUGCUUGAGCCAUUGCAUCUUCCUUUUUAGGACACAAAGUGGACACAGGACAAAACUCCCACUUCUUGGAUAAAGUUUGGAAUGGCCAGAACAUAAUUCUCCAGAAGCAGAAAAUGGCAAUCUUUGUUUCUCUAUCAACCGAUCAGUAGGCUUGGUAAAUGGAAAAGAAACAGCGCUGGGUGUCUCUUCCACAAAUAUUGGGGCUUGUACAUACAGGGUUCUUAGCACUACCUGUUAAAAGACAUUGUGCAGAUACUCCAUUUUUUCUUUCUUAAUAGAUUUUUUUCUUAAUGGAAAGAAAAAAGACAAAUGGGGAAAACACAGGAGGGUUACAGGUAGAAAACUGGGUCCCCUGGACCCAUGUAAAAUUUUGUGAAUGGGGCAUGGUGAUUGCACAAUAAAAGCUUUAUCUGGAAACACCUGUGGAGGGAUGAUUCCUCCUUCAGAUUUAGCUACUGCAUUCUACUACUGGCUUACAGUGUGUUUGCCCAGCUAUGUCCAAAAUACAGAGACCAAAUCAGACUGAGAUAGCAUAGGCUACAAACCCACAGUUGCAGGCUGAUGCAGAGAGUCUACCUCCAAGGAGUAAAGAACAGGUGAAAUCCAGGAUUGCUGAGGUGUGGGUUUUCCAGUUGUGCUGGGUAUGUUUGGAAAUGGUGGUGACGUAGCUAUACUGGGGGACUGGACCCAAAUGACAUAAGCAGGGCUGCCUAUAACCUGAGGUUUAAUAUGCCAGAAUUAUCAAGAAAGCAGGUGUUUCUAAAUUUUUACAUUUUCCAUCAUUCUGCUUUAAAAAAAAUAUUGUGUAUAAUUUAUUCAGCACAUCCUAUUUAUGUAGAAGGGAAAAGAGCUACAAAAGGUACUGAAGUACCACUUCUGACUCCUGGAAUAUUUACUUACCUCUCUAGCAUCUGAGAUUUCAAAUGGCAUUGCUCACUAAUUUCAAGCAAAUAUUUGCCAUCCUCAGAGAAGUUGGUGGUGGUGGUGAUGGUGGUGGUGUUCAAAAACAGAUUUCCAGGAAGCUGAAUUUUGUUCCUACUAUAAUUUCCUGUGUUUUCUGCUCUCUUGUGCUUGUGCUUGUCUAGAAUUUCAGCCUACACAUCCCCAUGGAUGUGUGGCAGCUCUCUGUUGAGUACUGGUAUGCUAUUAAUUAGGAGGAAAGCAAAAACAUGGGUGAAAGUGCAUGUUCUUGAGAGAAUGUUUAGCUGCAGCACUGAGUGGGUGGACAGCUGAGAUGAGAUGUUCUUGCAAGGCUGUUAUAGUAUCAGCAUGGCUGCACUCAUUUCUUUGUAGGUUGUGUGUGGAACUUUUACUGCUCUGUAUACAAUGAAUUUCUUAUAAUGA